CCACGUAGCGCGCGGCGGCCACGCCCCCUCCAGGUGGCCGGUCCAGCCCGCGCCCGCCCGCGCCGGUGUCCACCGCGCCCCGCCGCCGCCGCCGCCGCCGCAACCCCAAGGAAACUCGGCCGCUCGCACCAUGUCUUCGCCUCCCGAGGGCAAGCAGGAGACCAAGGCCGGACACCCGCCCGCCGUGAAGGCCGGCGGGAUGCGCAUCGUGCAGAAGCACCCUCACUCUGGGGACGGCAGGGAGGACAAGGACAAGGACGAGCAGGAGUGGGAGAGCCCCAGCCCCCCCAAGCCCACCGUGUUCAUCUCUGGAGUCAUGGCCCGGGGCGACCGAGACUUCCCCCCGGAGGCCGCCCAGGUGGCCCACCAGAAGCCCCGCGCCUCCAUGGACAAGCACCCGUGCCCGAGACCCCAGCACAUCCAGCAGCCUCGCAAGUGAUGCCCCCGGCCCCCGCGCCCGGCCGCCCGCCCCCGGAGGCCCCCCGCCGCCUGCCGUGCCCGAGUGCAGGGCCGGAAGCCCCGUCGCAGCCCAGAGCACCGUGUCCCCCACAAGGGCCCGAGGCAGGGCUGAGCCCCAGGUGCAGGGGCGCUGGCCUGCGAGUCUCUGCGGGUCUGUGGCUCACCACGCCCCAGGCCAGGCCGGGAGAGCAGGGCUCGGGUGCUUGGGCGCCUGACCCACGGGGCCACUGUGGCCUCGGCCCCUGCCCCAGCCCAAAUAGCCUGCUGGGCCCGGCACAGCCACCCCCCAAGAAAGACGGGGGCAGAGGGAUGGUUCGGGGGGAGGCCCUUGCCUGGCACCCCACUGACCGCAGUGGAAUCCCGGCUCCAUGUCUGUUUCCCUGCACACCACCAGGGGUCGCUCUUGAGCACAGCCAGGAAUAGCUCCUGGGCACCACCUGGGCUCAGCCUUUCCCCACCCCCCACCCCCCCACACACCCCAGGAAGCACAGAGUUUGGAGGACUGCAUUAGGACGAGGGACCGGCUCCGGCUUGGAGGGGUAGGCAGGGAGGGCUUGGCGAGAGCGUCAGGCAGCGAGUUUCCCGCCCAGGGUGGCACGCGGCCCGGGCCCUGUCCUUCCUGCACUGGUGCCCAGCACAGGCCGCCCAAGGCCGCAGCUGCUCGGGGCCGGAACCUGCCCCGGGAGGGGUUUCUGGGUGCGAGGGUCACUGAGUGGACACACUGUUGGACGGGGUGGGGGCGGCCAGCAGAAGCGCCCGGACCUUUGCGGGCUCCAGGAGGCACGUCCCGUGCCGUGGAGUCUGGGGACCCCAUCGCCAACACCUGGGGUCCUGCGGCUGGUCCCUGCUGACGCCCCCCCCAGAGGCCAUCUCCAACAUUGGCCCGGCCCGUGCCCAGCCCUCACAGCCAGGGCCCUCCUGGUUCUCUCUGCCUCCUGCCCUUCCUCCCGCUCCGGCUGCCGCAGGGCUCUGGGCGCAGGUCUCUCCGGGAGGAGCUGCCCGCGGCCGGGGCGGGAAUCACAACGGUUCAAUAAAGCACCCGGACUCUCCUGGUU